AUGGAUCCUCCCAAUACCCCCAAGUACGACCCUGGAAAGCCGGGCAACCUCAGAGCUUUUGCGGCGCGCUAUCAUGAGGCGCGUCAGCAUCACGCAAGCAAUGAACUCCUGAUUAGGGAACUCAUCCAGUAUAAUGACAGUGUCGAGACGUAUUUCCACCAGGAACUCAACACUUUGGAAAAGAAAGCUAGUGAUCUGCAGCUAGACCUCAAUAGCUCGGAGAGGACUCGAAGAGAUCUCAAGCAAAGACUGGAUGAGAUGGAAACCAAAUUGGGUUAUGUUCCGGAUCGCAACCUUUACAUCGUCGUCCUUAUUGAUGGAGAUGGAUUAAUUUUCAAGGAUAACUUCGUUAAGAAGGGUAUCGAAGGCGGAAAGAUGGCAGCCAAUGAGUUACUCAAAGCCAUAAAUGAGAAGUUUAACUCUACUGAAACCACUCCAGUCACAGUUAUUGUUAAUGUCUUUGCCAACGUCACUGGUCUGGGCAAAGCUAUGAAGCGUGAUGGUUGUGUUGCUGACAACAAUGCUUUGCACAAUUUUGUGAUGGGCUUCAACCAGGCCAACGUAUCUUCUACCUUCGUGGACGUUGGGUUUGGUAAGGAGUUAGCUGAUGCGAAGAUCCUAGAUUCUCUUAGGUUUCACUUGAAAAAUUUCAACUGCAAGAAAGCAGUUUUGGGUAUUUCUCACGACGCCGGUUAUGCUCCGUUCUUAGCAAAUAUGGUUACCGACGAUACUAAGGAACGUAUGGCCCUUCUUGAGGGAACUAAGACUGUUGUGGAACUUGUUGCUCUAGGUCUCCAAAUUUUCAAUGUCCCAAGGCUUUUCCGCCAUGAGAAGCUAACGGAAAAACCGCAAGAACCAUCUCAACAAGCCUCACCAGCACCCUCCCCCUCCCCCUCUCAGUCUAAGCUAGCUAAGCUGCCUAAGGUGUCCAAUGCCGCCUCAUGGGCAGCCAUCGCCCGCACAGUGCCAAGCCCACCCCCUCAGAUCAGCCUGCCGAUUCCUCCCAGGGCAACGGCCACUCCAACACGAGCAAGUCGGCCACCUCCAGCGCCGUGGAACCCGGGACCCCGGGGACUGGACCCGCCUAUCCGAGUCGACCCAGUCGUCAUAGAGCGUCUUAGAAAGAGAAAGGACUGUCACAGGCUUUGUAACAACCACUUCCUUCGAGGACCUUGUACUAGGGGUAAAGAAUGCAAUUUUACGCAUGACUAUAACCCCACAGAUGAGGAGAAGAAAGCCAUUGCCGUCUUUGCCCGCUCGAACCGCUGCACUUCAGGACAGGAAUGCAAAAACCCCGACUGCAUCUACGGUCACCAUUGUCCUUGCGUUAAUAAUGGCGUAUGCUUGCACCCGCACUGCAAGUUCCGUCUGGAUGAGCACCCCCCCGGAACUACGUUCAGAGGUCCCAGACCGAAGAAUGAUAGCGAGAGCUAUAGUGAGAGCCACAGUUACGAUUAUGAUGAUGAUGACAAAGAGGAUGACUAGUAAUCUUACGGCCCGAGGCCUUUCCUCUCCGUCUGUCCUCUUCUAAUAGGAGGCUUUUUCGUUUGUGUGCUGAUACCCCCAAAACUGAUAUUAUGA